AUGGAAACCGGUAAAAGCAAGGCAAAAGAAGCGCGUUAUCGAUCCGUGAUUUGGGAUACUGCUGCCGAAGGUGUCUCGAUAUAUAUUAAUUAUUGUGAUCAAGAUGCUAUGGAUGCGGCCCCUGUUGGCAAAACGUGUCUUUUAAUCAGUCACAUUACAAAUGCUUUCCCUGGCGAAUAUAUUCCAGCCCUGGCCAAGAAGAUUAUGAUAGAUUACAUCCACUUUCAUACCCUCAUAUAUCCAAAAGAAGCUGAAACUGAAACGAACAAUGAGGAAACAACUACUACUACUAAUAAUGGCACUGCUUCUGUUGACGCUUCUGGAGGAAGCAUUUCUAAUGAUAUAGCGAGUCAAAAACCCGAGUCUAUGGAUAAUCAAGGAAAGUACUUGGAUCCUCCUGUAGGCGUUGAUCCCGAUACCAUUAGAGGAUACGCGAGUCAAAAUAUUCAAGAAUUACAGAGUAUAACCCGUUGGAAG